GUUGCAAUUUGCAAUCUAACCCAUAAAUCCAUUUGAAAGAAAUAUUCUUCGCUUGCGAAGCCACUCGGUGCUCGAAGCCACCUCUUCCCGCAUGGGAUUCAGCGUUGGAUCUUCCUCUUCCCGCUGGAGCAAUCUCCGUCGGUUCUUACCCUGUUCCUUCUGAAUGCGAGCGAUCCUCCUGCAAUCAAUGCUCCCACUGCUCGCCCGCAAGCUAGGGCUUCCUCUCCCCUCUUCCUUCGUGCAUCGGACGUACGCGCGGCCUGUUCCCUUCCGCGCACGAGACGAGCUUCGCACUCGAGUCAGCAUCCUCUCCUCCGGCUUCGAAGCCUACCCUCUUCUUCUCAUUCGCACAGAUUGUGAGCCCUAGGUUGCCCUCUCCCCCCACCCCCCAGCCAACACCGUGGAACCUCUCUAAUUCCUGCACCCAAUUCUUCUUUUUCUCACACGACACGAUUUCUGCUCGCCGUCGAUUCCAUCCCUUCGUUCGGAUGUGGCGUCGUCAGUAAGAUUAGGGCUUGGCCACUCAGAAUCAUGGCUGAAUUCCUUCACUCUUUGCUCGGCACUGCUUAUUUUUGACCUGAGUUUGAAAUGGAUGUAGGUAACGGGAGCUUGAGAGAUGGUCUGGUAUCUGAGACUGACUGCAUUAAAGGAAUGAGGUCUUUAUCUGAUGCAGUUGCUUCUCCAACGCAAUAUAAUCCUCUAGGGAAUAAAUUUGAAGGGAAGGAUGCUCUUUCUUAUGCCAAUAUUGUUCGCUCUCGAAACAAAUUUGGAGAUGCUCUUAUAUUAUAUAACAUUGUUCUUGAAAAGGAAAGUGACAACCUUGAAGCCCUAGUUGGGAAAGGGAUUUGCCUGCAGGCACAGAAUCUGAAUCGGCAAGCUUUUGAGAGCUUUAUGGAAGCCAUUAAGUUGGAUCCACAAAAUGCAUGUGCUCUCACUCAUUGUGGAGUUCUGUACAAGGAUGAAGGCCGCCUUCUUGAAGCCGCUGAGUCAUAUCAGAAAGCUCUCAAGGUGGAUCCCUCAUACAGGCCUGCUGCAGAAUGCCUUGCUGUUGUCCUGACAGAUAUAGGUACCAGCUUAAAGCUUGCUGGGAACACAGAGGCUGGUAUUCAAAAGUAUUGUGAAGCACUUAAUGCGGACAGUAGAUAUGCUCCUGCAUAUUAUAACCUUGGAGUGGUUUACUCUGAGAUGAUGCAGUUUGAUUUGGCCCUUAGUUGUUAUGAGAAGGCUGCGUUGCAGAGGCCUAUGUAUGCAGAAGCCUACUGCAACAUGGGGGUCAUCUAUAAAAAUCGCGGAGACCUAGAAACUGCUAUUGCUUGUUAUGAAAGGUGUUUGGCUGUUUCUCCGAAUUUUGAGAUUGCAAAGAAUAACAUGGCAAUAGCUUUGACUGAUUUGGGUACAAAGGUUAAACUUGAGGGGGAUAUAUCCCAAGGUGUGGAAUUAUACAAGAAAGCUUUGUGCUACAAUUGGCGCUAUGCAGAUGCAAUGUAUAAUCUCGGUGUAGCAUAUGGAGAAAUGCUGAAAUUUGACAUGGCAAUUGUAUUUUAUGAACUUGCAUUGCACUUCAACCCUCAUUGUGCGGAGGCAUGUAACAAUUUGGGAGUGAUAUACAAAGAUAGGGAUAAUCUUGAUAAAGCUGUGGAGUGUUAUCAGAUGGCGUUGUCUAUCAAACCCAACUUUUCACAGUCACUAAAUAAUCUUGGGGUUGUUUAUACUGUUCAGGGUAAAAUUGAUGCUGCAGCAGGCAUGAUUGAGAAGGCUAUUGCGGCAAAUCCUACAUAUGCUGAGGCAUAUAAUAACUUGGGGGUUCUGUAUAGAGAUGCAGGCACUAUUAACCUAGCUAUAGAAGCAUAUGAGAGAUGUCUUGAGAUAGAUCCAGAUUCAAGGAAUGCGGGUCAGAACCGACUACUUGCAAUGAACUACAUAAAUGAGGACACAGAUGAAAAACUGUUUGAAGCGCACAGGGAAUGGGGAAGGCGUUUUAUGAGGCUUUAUCAGCAAUACACUAGCUGGGAUAAUACUAAAGUUAUGGAACGACCACUAAUUAUAGGAUAUGUUUCUCCCGAUUAUUUUACUCAUUCUGUGUCAUAUUUUAUCGAGGCUCCCCUUACAUACCAUGACCAUACGGAGUACCAGGUGGUUGUGUACUCGGCAGUAGUAAAGGCAGAUGCAAAAACAUUCAAAUUCAAGGAAAAAGUACUUAAAAAAGGUGGCCUAUGGAGAGAUAUAUAUGGUAUUGAUGAAAAAAAGGUUGCACACAUGGUUAGAGAGGAUAAGGUUGACAUACUUGUCGAGCUCACUGGCCAUACUGCAAACAACAAGUUAGGAACAUUGGCUUGUAGGCCUGCUCCUGUUCAGGUAACUUGGAUUGGAUAUCCAAAUACGUCUGGUUUACCUUCCAUUGAUUAUAGAAUUUCAGACUCAUUUGCAGAUCCACCCAAUACCCGUCAGAAGCAAGUUGAAGAAUUGGUUCGGCUAUCCGAAUGCUUUCUUUGCUAUAUGCCUUCCCCUGAAGCUGGCGUUGUAUCCCCUACCCCUGCUCUUGUAAAUGGUUUUAUUACAUUUGGGAGCUUUAAUAAUUUAGCGAAGAUAACACCCAAAGUAUUAAGAGUUUGGGCAAAGAUAUUAUGUGCGGUCCCAAACUCAAGGUUGAUUGUGAAGUGUAAGCCAUUUUGCUGUGAUAGUAUCAGGCAGAGGUUCCUCUCAAUACUGGAGCAACUAGGUGUUGAGCCUUUGCGUGUAGACCUCUUACCUUUAAUUCUUCUAAAUCAUGACCACAUGCAAGCAUAUUCACUAAUGGAUAUCAGCUUAGAUACAUUUCCUUAUGCGGGGACAACGACUACCUGCGAAUCUUUGUACAUGGGUGUUCCCUGUGUCACUUUGGCUGGAUCUGUACAUGCUCAUAAUGUUGGUGUCAGCCUUCUUAGCAAUGUUGGAUUAGCACAUCUAGUUGCGAAAACGGAAGACGAGUACGUCCGCAUGGCAGUGAAGCUCGCAUCAAACGUCGCCUCCCUGUCUGAGCUGAGAAUAUCGCUCCGCGAACUCAUGCUCAAGUCUCCCCUCUGUGACGGUUCAAAUUUCACCAAGAAGUUGGAGUCCUUGUAUCGGAAUAUGUGGCACCGAUACUGCCGAGGCGACUCGCCCGCUCUUCAUCAAAUCGAAGCUUUGCGGCAAGAACAGCACACCCAUUCCGACAAAAUCACCGUCAUCUUUUCUCCUGCCGGUAACACGACCGCCGACGAACAUCAACCGUCCUCCACAAAGGCCAAUGGCCGUGGCUUCGAGGCUUCUUCGACCCAAUCGAACGCCGGCUUUGAUUGUAAUGUAGCAAAUGGAGGGUUGAAUUGAGUUCAGUUUCUUUAUCCUUUCUUUUGGGAUUUCUUCCAUUUUUUCAGCCUGAAACUGAUGCGGCAGAGCUUCGAUGGGAGAGAUUAAUGGAGCCUUGAUGUGGAGUGGAAGGGGGUGAUUGUUAUAACAGUUGUUGUGGAGAAAAGGGAAGGGGAUUUCUUCUUUCUGAAACGAAGAAAAAUUAAUUUGUAAAAUCUGCUGUUUAGAUUGAAUCUGAGGAAAUGGAUCAGCUGUUUCAGUUCAGCACUGCAGACUUGUGUUGUUAGCAUUCAUAUUCUUCUUUCGCCCAUUUGGCUUUUUUGUGAAUUU